CUUCCCUCUGGCGCUCUCCUGUCUCCAUUGCGCCGACUUCGUUCAUUCGCUCACUUCGCAGUCAGCUCGAUCACCAAACCCAGACCUGCUUCCCUGACCUCACCCUCGCACCUGGCUGGACGCGGUGGAGCCCACGUGGAAGACGGUAGAGCUGCCUCCGGCAGGUGCGCGGGGAGUGGAGGCUGGCAGAGGGCCGGGGAGUCUGGAAAGCCCGAGGCGGCGGGAAGGAGGCGGGGUUGCUAUGAAGAUGGGCUGAACAAUACCUGGAGAGGGGCCUUGCACUCGAGCUAGGAAACCCGCCUUUAAGACUCUCAAAAGAAAGCCAGCGCCGGGCGACCAGCCCGCCUGCCCAGCGGCCUCCAGUAGCAACUGAGCUCAUACUCCUCCCGCAGCCUAGGACGUCGCCGGAAGCGCCCGUGCCACGGCCUCCCGGGCAGCUGAGAGCAGUCAUCCGGCCGCCUAUAGCGUCGCCGGAAGGGCUCGAGGGGCCGCCUCUAGGGCAGCCAAGCGCACAGUCCUCCGUAAGCUUGGAGCGCCGCCGGAAGGGCUCGAACUGCCGUCUCCAGGCAGAGCGCAGGGGGGUUUUCCUGGCGCCCCAGAGCAUCACAGAAAGUGCCCGUGUUGCAGCUUACAGGGCAGCUGAAAGCAUAACUCUUGAGUUCUAGAGCGUCACCGGAAGUGCUCGCGCCGCGGCCUCCAGGGCGGCCGAGCGUUGUUGUUUUUUUUUUUCUUCUUUUUUUUCCGGCGGCCUAGAGCGUCGCAGGAAGUGCCCGCGCCAGGGUCUUCCGGGCUUUCCUGUGUAAGGUUGGAGAUGAAGUUUCCGUGUAGAUAAAUCACGGCAGUGGGAUCGGUGUGAUUUCAGCGCCUUUGCAAGUUGUCCUGUGACCGCCAGGCGAGUACCGGUGAACCAGGUGUCCCCACUCCUGGUAUGUCUGCAGGGAGGGGAGCCCUGGCCUUGGUCUCCAGGCAUUGUGAGCAGACUACCCUGAUGGACACAUGCACAGCUUCCUUCACACAGGCAUCAAGUGGUGGCCAGGCUGCUGAGCAAGGGGCUCAGAGCACAGGGUUGAUACCACAGCAGGCAACUUUGGAAGAAGGUGAAUAUCUUGGAGAGGGGGCGCUGGGACUGUGCCCAGGUCCUCCCCAGGCUCUGGAGUUUCUGGACCUUUGUGGAAAUGAGGGAGCUGGAGAGAGGCCUAGAGAUGCUCCACAGGGACUAGUCGUUUAUGAGAAAACUGAAGAGCAGAGUGACCAUGAGGACAGUGUGUCCAAGUCGGGCGUCACCCUGAAUGCAGGCAGAGGCCACUGGAACAGACGGCCUUAUCAGUGCAGCACGUGUGAGCGGAGCUUCAAGUGCUACUCAGACGUGGUGAAACACCAGAGCAUCCACUCCGGGGAGAAGCCCUAUGAGUGCAGUGACUGUGGGAAGGCCUUCAUCCACAGCUCGCUCGUCGCCCGGCACCAGCGGGUCCACAGUGGGGAGAAGCCCUAUGUGUGUAAGGAGUGUGGGAAAGCCUUCAGCCAGAGCUUCAACCUUAUUAGACACCAGCGAGUCCACACCGGAGAAAAACCUUAUGAAUGUGCUGAGUGUGGCAAGACCUUCAGCCAGAGGUCAGAUGCCAUUAAGCACCGGAGAAUCCACACUGGAGAGAGGCUGUAUGAAUGUCAGGAGUGUGGGAAAACCUUCAUCCACGGCUCAAACGUGGCUCGGCACCAGAGGAUCCACCACGGAGAAAAUCCCUACGAGUGUAAGGAGUGUGGGAAAGCCUUCAGCCAGAGCUCCAACCUCAUUCAGCACCAGAGGGUGCACACCGGGGAGAAGCCAUUUGCCUGCCAGGAGUGCGGACGUGCCUUCAGCCGCAGCUCCUUCCUCAGCGAGCACCAGCGCAUCCACACUGGCGAGAAGCCCUUCAAGUGCACCGAGUGUGGCCGCGCCUUCCGGGCCCUGUCAGGAUUCUUCCGGCACCAGAGGAUCCACACGGGCGAGAAGCCCUUUGCCUGCACCGAGUGCGGCCGUGCCUUCCGCCUGAGUUUCCGUCUCAUCCAGCACCAGCAGGUCCACAGCAGAGAGUGAGCCUGGGUGCGUGCGCAGGUGGAGGGCUGGGUGCAGCCCCAUCGGAUCUCUGCGGCACGGAGCUCUGCGCAUCGCUCCACACACAGUGAGGAAGGCAGGGUGGCUGCCCCGGCGUGGGUCAGGCUGGGACCAGCCAGAGGAGAGUGGAGUCUCAGGACGGCCAGCUCUGCAUGGAGGCCAUGCUUCCCAGAGGACAGGGCCUGAUGCUGAUGUGCCCACGGGAAUUAAUUUAUCUUCAUAACAUGGGGUUUUUUCCUGAGGUGUGGCUUACACGUGGUGACGUGUAUAGAUCUUGAGGGUUUGCUAUUAGAAGACUUGACAGAUGUAACCUGUUUCAACCUUGUAUCCACUGCACUACUGAGAUGCAAUCUGUUCCAUCCCCGAGGACACUCCUCAUGCCCCAAGUCAACUUGCUCCUCAGAGGAGGCAGCGAGUGUCUGUCACCGUAGUUGCUUCUAGGAUUUCACAGUAACGGGAUCGGACAGACGCUCUUGGAUACACACCUUCGUUCCCUCUGCUUGUUUUGAGGUUUGCCCACCGUAGUAUCUGCACUUGAGGACAUUAGAUGGUGAGGCAGACAGAGAUUGCGGUAAGACCCAGAACAGUCCAGUGGAACUGGCAGGUGACUGGGAGCCCAGGAGAGGUCACAGGAGGGCAGGGGAGGGUGGAGACAGGAGCUCCUGGGCAGAGGGGGGGAUUCCUGAGUGGGGUCCUCGAGACAGUGGUCAGUGGACAGUGUGAUGCAUGCGAAGCAGAGGCCGCCAUGUAUUAGGACGUGAGUGUGAGGAACACUUCCUCCCAUGACUAUGGUCGGGCUGGAGAAGAGAGGAGGAAGGUGGAAACUGGUCUGUGUGGACUAGGCCUCAUGUCACAGGCAAGGGGGUGGAGGAGACGUCUGCCAGACAGGAGGGGACAAGUGUCUUUGUUGGGGAAAUAUUUUGGUGUGUGUCAUAAACUUGGCCAUAAUGAACUGAGGUCAUGUUAUUGGAAGUUUAUUGUAAUGACUAAGACAGAUCUGGGCAGUUGCUUGGCUGAGUCCUGGGUGCAGCGACACAGUCUGUCUGUCCUGGUCAGGCUGUGGUUUGGGGCCACCCUGUGGCCAUUGUCAGCUCCAGCUGAACUACUGACAGCAAAUUAUUUGGGGCCCUGUAGCUGCUGGGAUCCCCCAAACAGCAGCACAGUUCUAGGGCUGUUUUUGGCACCUAUUUAAGAUGUGAGCUCAGGUCACAGGGCUGAGCAGUGUGUGGGGUGGAGUAGCCCUCAGAGUGGGCUCAGUGUUGACCUGCUGGUGAGGUGGGAGACAGCCUGGGGCCUCCACCUGAGCCAGGACCCUCAGGGUGAAGGCUGCAAGGCUUGUGGAGCCUCCCAGGUACCCAGGAGGAGCCAAAGCAGUUGCUCUUUGGAGGAAAGCUCCCCCACUGAGACCCUGCAGUGCUGCUGUGAGCAGACCCAGCAGUGAACUCCAAGGGUACUGAACUGCCAGGCGAUGCAGGCACAAGAACAGUGACAUCUGAUGUAUGUAAAGAUGGUCACAGUAAUGAGAAAGCAACAAAGACUGCCAGGCACAAAUAGGGUUUUUAAAGGAGAAUUUUUUGAAAUGAAAAAUACGAUUCUUGAGCGAGAGCUUGAUGGGCAGGUUUAAUAGCAGAUUGGACACAGCUGAGGAAAGCACAGUGCAGCAGAAGGUGCGUCCAAAGAGACCCAGACCCAUACAGGCCAGGAGUGGAAAACAGCAGCACCUGGAGGGCCUGCUUGGCCCUGACAGGAGUCGCAGGAGGCAGCGUGAGGAGAGGAAGGUAGGAAAGCCCCAGGACCAUGCACAUUCCAACUUGACUGGCAGCCGCUCCCACAACCCCAACCCUUUCUCCAGCAGGGCCAAGACUCUGGUUUUUUCUUUCCUUUUGUUUUUUGUGGGUGUUUUUUUAAAAAAA